CAUGGCAACCGGCGGGGUUGUUGUGAGGGGCACCAAAAUGGCGGCGGGAGCCCCUCAGAUUUUUCCAGGAUGGAGGAAGAGGAGCAGCUGCACCACGACCUCAGGGACUUCACAGACCGGGGUUUUCUCCGGGGUUUUCUCCGCUCUUCCCUCCCCUUUUGGCUCCUGCUCGGCCUCUCCUUCCUCCUCAACCUCUUCCUCUCCAGCCUGGCCCUUGCCAGAGUUUCCGGCCUCUCUUCCCAACUCCGGGAGCUGAAACCUCAACAGGAGCUCAACUUUUCCAACCGGGAUUCGCUCCUUUUUCCCUGCGGGCCGAAUUCCCGGGACUGGGAAUAUUUCCAUGGAAAAUGUUACUACUUC